GCCACUCAUCUACGCAAGGAAACUUUUUUUUUUAAUCGGCGAAAGCUUCGGUCACUUGCCCUCUGCCCUGGACCCGCGAUUUCGCAUACUGCGAGAAGAGACACGGCGGCAGCAUACACCGUAGCGUAUAAUUCUCUUCUUGCCUGACAUCACAGUAUUAUAAUUGCACCCGGCAGCAUGUCAAUUUGGGAUGCGCUCACCGGACGAAAGUCCUCAUCCUCACAAUCGUCAUCUCCCACCUCCGCUUCCGCGCCCGCACCGACCGAAAACCUCACACCAGCUCCCUUCAACCCGGAAGAGGCGCAAGGGGUAGACUCCUUCUUAAAGAGCUCCGAGUUUGCCGAUCCCUCCUUACUACACCCUCUAGCAGGCUUAGACAAGGAUAGCUUAGAAUACUUAAGCUUAGAGGAUUCUGCUCUGUCGGAUCUUCCCGGCGCACAGUCUGCGAUCCCUUCCCGAGGUUUUAGUGACGAUUUGUGUUAUGGAACUGGUAUCACAUACCUCACAGCAUUAUCAAUAGGAGGUGUGUGGGGACUCCAAGAGGGAUUGAGAAGAUCUCAAGGUCAACCGCCGAAGCUACGUCUAAACUCGGUCUUGAAUGCCGUUACACGGAGAGGGCCGUUCCUUGGUAAUUCUGCGGGUGUCGUCGCCAUCACAUAUAACUGUUUCAAUUCGGCUAUCGGCUAUCUUAGAGGGAAACACGACUCCGCAAACACCAUAGCGGCAGGUAUUUUAAGCGGCAUGCUAUUCAAGAGUACAAGGGGGCUCCGGCCAAUGUUAAUCUCGGGUGGUAUUGUGGGCUCAAUAGCAGGAGCAUGGGCGAUCACGAAGAAAGUUGUGCUAUCUCCGGAGACUCGAGGACACGAGCAACACCUUUAGGUCUAAUGAUAUAUGCUAAGUACUAGAUACGUUGAUUCUCAGCUCGGGAAUGCGGCCAAGGAUAUGGUUAUGUAUGAUGUUGAGCCCGAGAACUAGGCCUUGCGCCGCACGAUAUCGCGAUUUAAUUGGGUGAACAAAGUUUACGAGUUGGUUGUGGAACGAUGGAUGAUCUCUCCUCCGGCUUAGGCAUGUGUAUAAAAUAGGUGGUUAAGAGCAUUAGAAAGCAUCCACGGUCGUGGAUAGGUAGGCGUUCAAGUCGGCAACGGGACGGAAUUGAAUUUCCAAUUUUGAACGAAGCAGAAUUAUACCAAGCAGCUUAGGUACAACGCGUGACGUCAGGGGAAAAGGGGAAAGAAACGAUAGGAAGUGACGGCCCUUCUUAAACCCCUAUCUUUACCUAG